AUGACAACGUCACCUCCCCCGGGCUGCGGCAGCAUCGGUGCCGACUACCACCUGCUCUGUGACACAGAGAAGGCCUGGGGGAUUGUCCUGGAGUCGCUGGCUGCAGCAGGCAUCCUCAUCACCAUUUUCCUCAUCUGCUCGCUCUUCUUCCUCAUCUGCAAAGUGCAAGACAACAGCAAGCGGCACAUGAUCUCCGUCUAUUUUUUCUUUCUUUUAGGCACGCUCGGUGUUUUUGGCCUCACUUUUGCCUUCAUCAUUAAACUCAAUGAGAGGACUCGUCCCACUCGCUUCUUCCUGUUUGGGGUCAUCUUUGCCCUCUGCUUCUCGUGCCUCCUCACCCAUGCCUGCAACCUCAACAAACUAGUGAGAGGAAGAAAGCCCUUCUCCUGGCGGGUGCUGCUGCUCUUCCUUGUUUCCUUUGCCCUGGUACAAGUUGUGAUCAGCAUCGAGUACUUGGUCACCAUGUUUGUAAACCAGAGAGAAGAAUUCCUGCAAAUGGGUCGGGACAAUACCAACAAGGACUUUGUUAUGCUUCUGAUCUACGUGCUCUUCCUGAUGGCUCUGACCUUCUUGGUUUCCAUGUUCACAUUCUGUGGGCCAUAUAAAAGCUGGAAGAGGCACGGGGCACACAUCUUUGUCACUGUCCUGUUCUCCAUUGCCAUUUGGGUGGUGUGGAUCACUAUGCUCAUAAAAGGCAACACGGUUUUAGAAAAAUACAUGUGGGAUGAUCCUGUUGUGGCCAUUGCUCUGGUGUCCAAUGGCUGGAUUUUCCUGAUAAUGUAUAUUGUCCCCGAAAUUUGUUUCCUCACCUCUCCUCUGAAGCUAGAGGACUACCCUCCAGAAAAUGACUUCUGCCAACCCAAGUUCAUAAAGCAGACAACUGGAGUGGACAACCGUGCCUACACCCAAGAUGAAAUUGUGCAAGGAAAUGUCAACUACUCCCCGUACGCUUCUCACUUUCAGAUGAAGGCCAUUGAACCCCAGAACGAUUUCUCCAUCCCUCGCCCCAAGGCCCGGACAAGCCCAUACCAUGACUACACUGGUGGGAAGAGCCCCAUGUAGCAGCUCCACAGUGAGCAGAGACUGAGUGCCCCUCAGCAGAGGCACAGGGAAUGGGCCACAUGGUGACAAAGGAGAUGAUCCUGCAGAAGAGUCAACCCACAUCAGCAAAAAAGGAGAGGGAUCCUCUUUCCCCCA